AUGCGAAAGAAAGACCUGUUAGUCCUCGCUGUAUUACAGCAGAUUACAGUCCAUGUCAGCGCGACACAAGCCAUCUGUAAUCGACAAAGUCUCAUGGAAGAGUAUUCUUCUCAGCGUGGCCCUUCUCAAGUCACUGUCGAAAACAGCAUUUCGAACAUCUGUCAAAGAGACUUUGUCCCUCCAAAAACUCGCUCUCUUCGCCUCGAUGAUAUUGAUGUCACGAUCAAUGUAUCCGGGAAUACAACUGAACACUCGGUGGACUCUUGUAUAGGGGCAUUGCGCGAGAUUGUUUCUGAAUGUUGUGACGGUCAAACUUGCACAGGUGGAGCUGUUCAAUUCCAGGAUGACAUAACAUAUGAGCUCUUGUACCAGCCUCAAGGAUACGAGAAAUCCGAGAACGAGCACGUCGACCUCAUGGCAAGAGGCAGGGGAGGCGGAAGAACCAGGCGACCGAGACCGAAAGCUACCAAGUCCAGGCCCAAGUCCAAGCCCAAACCCAAGGCCAAAGCAAAGCCCACUCCGGCACGAAAGAAAACGAAGCCAACCCGACCCAGCAAAUCGACCAAAUCGUCAGCAGCAGCGAAGGCUACGCCCACGAAGACUUGUAAACAGCUCUAUCAGCAGCAGCUUCGCGAAUACGCUAUUGCUGAACGUACUACCGAGAAAGUUUCACGGGACAGUGUUGCUUUCGAGAAGCGAUCCAGUCCAAAGCAGGUUUAUGCAUGCCAAAUUAAAGGUCGAGCCGCAAAUCCCUCCAGGUUCCGCAUUAAAGCUUUGAACUACCCAGACAAAGAGGAUAUGGAUGCUAUGACUCCUGCCGCGAGGUACUUUGGCUACGCCAGACCGGAGAUUUGCACCAAUUUCGCAUUCGUACAGAGUGGAAUGCUGAAAGCGAAAGUGAAGAAUCCCGAAGAUUAUCAAGUCGAGCAUGUGCUGGAAUGGCAGACGGUGGCUGAUUUCUUUAGCUGGGUGAGAGACAAAAAGAUCACGGGAACUUCGUUCCAGGUGACCAACUUACCGGCGGACUCUAAUAUCUGCAGAUACUUCAAGGAAAGCUGGUUUGGAGGCAGCCAAGUAUCGUUCUCUUUGACAAAUGACGGUCCGGAAAGGACAGUUAAGGAUCAUCUGAAGUGGGGAUUCCCGGGACUGGACAAUCGCCCAAAAGACUUUGCCUUCUUGCAUAAGGUGCCUAACAGAUUGAAAGCCCAGAUGUGGGCUUACAAGUUUGGGAGCCAGACAGCAGGCAUAUUUGCCGCUGAUAGCAUCACAGAAAAGAUCAUGGGCAAGACCACGAACAAGAAGACGACACCCAAGUCUAUAGACCAAGCAAAGUUGGCGUAUCUAGACUUGAGAGCCCUAAUGGCGGCGCGAAAGUACAUGAGAAGCAGCAAGAUUGCCAUAACGCUUUCAAGAGAGGUGAAAGAAAUGGAGAAGACCAUUCGAAAGAUCGACGCUACUCUUCCCCAACACUCGUCACCGAAAAAGCCAGCCUGGGUCAAACAAAACCUCGGUCCAUUAUGGACGGAAUACAUGGACGAGCGUUUCAAGCUUGCGAAUCAAAGAACGACAGCUGAUAUGGACAAAUACAUUGCACUGCUCGUCAAAACUUGGAGCCCUUCUGCUGGAAGUAGAAGUAACAGUCCGAGUCCCGGAAGAGGUAGGACCGGCAGCCAGAGUCCCGGAAUAGGUAGCUCAAAGGGAAAAGGCAAGGCUGUCGUGAAGCGUGCCAGAACUCGUAAAGGUGGUUCUAAACCAGCUCCCAAAAAGAACCCGAGCCCGAGCCCUAACACCAAGGCUGCGCAAGAAAAGGAUUUUUUUCAGGAGAUUCGGGCGCUUGAGGCUGCGUGGAAGAAAGAGAAGAGCAAGCCGUGGCGAAAGCCUUGGUAA